UAUCCUCCGUCUUUCUCAUCCGAUUUACCGUUCCCCGGACUCCUUUUAGCCGAAGUCGAUAUUUCCUGGGUCGAUCCUAAUUAAUCCCCAAAUUGUCAGCGGUUUACUACUCUUAAUUUUGUUGGCUCUCUUCUCUUCUCUUUCCUUUUCCUGAUUUAGGUUUUGAUGCAAGCAAGCAUCCGUAGUUGUGGAAUCUUUCACGUUUGCUAUUCCUUUGUACCUGUGGAAAUAUCUAGUCUUUGGUUGAAUCGAUCCGAUUGCGGUGAGAGGAACGAUCAGAAGAAAGCAACACAUAAAGGAAACGAGAUUAGGAUGUUGGUCGCAUGCAAUUGAACCUGAUUGUUUCGGUUGGAGAGAAAGCCCAGUGGAGAAUAAAAUUAUAAUAGAAGCUUAAGAUGGCAGCAUCAAAGAUUCAAGCUCUAUGGAAUCACCCAGCUGGCCCAAAAACCAUUCAUUUUUGGGCUCCAACAUUCAAGUGGGGAAUUAGUUUUGCAAAUGUUGCAGACUUCUCCAAGCCACCUGAAAAGAUUUCUUAUCCUCAGCAAGUUGCUGUUACUUGUACUGGGCUCAUCUGGUCACGUUACAGCACAGUCAUUACACCUAAGAACUGGAACCUUUUCAGCGUUAAUGUCGUGAUGGCUGGGACUGGUAUAUAUCAACUGGCUCGCAAAACUCGGCAUGAUCACUUUUCUGAGGUACAAGAAGUACCAGCAAAAGAAUGAUGAGAUAUUUAUGGACUCCAGAUCUUUGUUUGAGUUAACGACAACCACCUUAUUUCUUCCCGUUCAACAUGUACCUUUUGAAAGUGACGAGGGGUUGAGUAUUCAUAAUAUUGAUUAUCUCAAAUAUGCCCUUCGAACCAAAAGAAUUUUAUUAUAUUUAAAUAACUCAAAUAAUAUUUGGAUACAUGUUAUAUGGUAAUGGUCAUUAUUGGAACUUCA